CGUAAACAUGGCUUCGGCAGGAGCUGGUACUGUCAGAAGCGCUCUAAUUUCAGUCGAUUACGAAGUAUUUGGAAAAGUACAAGGGGUCUUCUUCCGAAAGCAUACUAAAAAGACAGCGGAUCUCUGUGGUUUAGUGGGCUGGGUGUUCAACACUGAGAAUAGAACAGUAACUGGAACUGUACAGGGCAAAAGAGAUAAAGUUAUGUCAAUGAAAACGUGGCUAAAAACAAAAGGGAGUCCGAAAUCAAGGAUAGACAAGUGUGUUUUCAAAAAUGAGAGAGACAUUACGAAAUUGGAAUUCAAUGAGUUCAAGAUCAAGAAGUAAUCGGAACCGUUGGACAUAAUCACGAAAGAGCAUAUUGUGAUAGUUCGAAGGCAAGUUCGGAGGAUUUUUCAGGAUAUUAGUAGGAUAUGGCAGCUUUAUGCUACAGGUAACCUGGAAAUAUCUGUGGCCAUUUUGAUAUCUGGGUUUGUGUGAAUUGCAACCUUAGUUUGCACUGAUUUGUCCCGUUGUCAGUUAUAACAAGAACACGUUGUGAGACAACUCUCCCUUUAAAGGUAGCUUGCCGUAACCAAACACUGGGACAGGUGUUUUCCGUUUAUUUAAAGUAUUUUUACUGUUAUGGUCCUGGCUGUACAAAAUGCACUGUAUACAUGUUCAUGUAUUUUCUAAAUAAAGUAAUGUAGUUUA